CUGUACAGUGCUUCACAUUGUAAGAGUCUGAGCACAUACAGAACCGCAACUGUAAUCUCAGCAAGCAACAUGUUAGUGUUUUUCGCUGUGGUCUUAUCGUUGUCACUUACGUCCGCAUUUGCGGACCGAGUGCCGCGCAGUUGUGGCGCUUGUGAACCCAGUCUGUGCGACGCUCUCCCAGAGGUGGGCUGCAAGUCUGGCACGAUUUUCGACUCCUGCGGUUGUUGUUCACUUUGCGCGGCUGGAGAGGGGGAGCCAUGCAGGGGGCGCGGAACCACAGCCAAGCGUUGCGCCUCUGGACUGGAGUGCGUUAAGAGCGACAAGAACAAGAAGACAAAGCUCGGAGUUUGCGCCUGCAAGACCAAAUACGAAGUGUGUGGCUCCGAUGGAGUGACCUAUAAAACUGGCUGCGACUUGAAAGUUGCCAGCCUGAAAGCAGUGAGCGAGGAGAAGCCUGAAAUAAAAGUCCUGAAUAAAGGAAAAUGCGCAACAGCACCUGUCAUUGUGACGGCCCCUGGUGAGGUCUACAAUGUCACAGGCUCCCAGGUGUACCUGAGCUGCGAGGCCAUUGGAAUCCCCACCCCCGUGAUCACCUGGAAGAAGGUACCAGAAGGUUCAAUUGUGAGGUCUCUAGGACUUUUGAAUCCACACUUUUCUCAGGUCACCAGCGGAAAACAGAGAAUGGAGCUGCUUCCAGGAGACAGAGACAACCUGGCCAUUCAGACCCGUGGAGGACCUGAGAAACAUGAGGUCACCGGCUGGGUCUUGAUCUCGCCGCUCACCAAGGAAGAGGCGGGCUCGUAUGAGUGCCACGCUGUCAACGCCAAGGGAGAGGCCUCAGCGGUGGGCACCAUUCAUGUGGUGGAGUCCAUCGAUGACAUCCCUGUCAAGAAAGUGGCCAAGGAUGAUGAGCUGUAAGGCAUCUCAGCACAGUAGAGCCUCAGUGGCGACUCCUGGCAGGAUCAGGAGAGGGAGAAGCCCCUACCAUCCCACCAGUAGACCUGUACAAUGACUAAGAAAGAGGACCAACAGCCACCAUUAGCAUCCCAGAGAUCCAUCAGAUUUAUAUUUGAGAACGUUGCCAUUUGUUAAAUAUGUGUUAAAUAUUUUAGUCAUUUAGCAGACACUCUUAUCCAGAGCAACUUUCAGUGGUGAGCGCAUACGUAAAAAAAUAAAAAAUAAUUCAUACCGGUCCCCCAUCCGAAUCAAACCCACAACCCUAGAAUUACAAGCACCAUGCUCUAUCAACUGAGCCACACAGGACUUGUAACAAGUCAGUUUUCAGUGAUAUUCAGUACACUGUAUUGUAGAUAGUCAUCCACAAGAGUCAUCUAGGCCUCUCACACACAUUUCUUGUCACUGACAUCACACACAAGUUAAUUCAUCAAUAAGUACAGUGUACAAAACAUUAGGAACAUCUUUCUAAUGUUGAGUUGUAUCCCUUUUUGCCCUAAGAACAGAUUCAAUUUGUUGGGUCAUGACCUCUACGAGGUGUCAAAAGCCUUCCACAAGGAUGCUGGCCCACAUUGACUCCAAUGCUUCUCACAGUUGUGUCAAACUUGCUGGGUGUCCUUUGGGUGGUGGACCAUUCUUGAUACACACGGGAAACUGUUGAGCGUGACAAACCCAAACCCAACUUGCUGUUCUUGACGCACUCAAACUAGUGCGCCUGGCACCUACGACCCCACCCUGUUCAACGGCACUUAAAUAUUUUGUCUUGCCCAUUCACCUUCUGAAUGGCACACUUACACAAUCCAUGUCUCAAGGCUUAAAAAUCCUUCUUUAACCAGUCUCCUCCCCUUCAAUAACACUGAUUGACAUGGAUUUAACAAGUGAUUUUUUAUUACCUUUAUUUAACUAGGCAAGUCAGUUAAGAACAACUUAUUUUCAAUGACGGUCUAGGAACAGUGGGUUAACUGCCUGUUCAGGGGCAGAACGACAGAUUUGUACCUUGUCAGCUCGGGGAUUUGAACUUGCAACCUUUCGGUUACUAGUCCAACUCUAACCACUAGGCUACCCUGCCUAUAGCGCUCACCUUGUCAGUCUGUCAUGGAACGAGCAGGUGUUCCUAAUGUUUUGUACACUGUGCAUGUGCAUGCUUCACUCUUACUAUUCCAUCUUUUUUUUAAUAUAGUUUACUGUUUUUGUGAAUUAUUCCAUUUAAUUCUAGCAAAAAUAAUACAUUGCAAGACCAUCACUAGUUGGCCAAGCAGGAACAGAUUACCGAACGGGUGCGUGCCCCCUGACCUAUUGUUUUUCUAUUAGCAUAUGAUAGCAAAAUGUGUAGAAUUGCAUGAAAUUAGCUUUAAAACAGCAACAUGUUCUGUUAGCUUCAUGACAAAAUGUGCAAGAAGUUGUUGAAAUGCAGGAAGUUAACGGACUACCCCAAAAAAAUGGAGGCCGGUUCCCGGGGGCCACAAAUGAGGUAGUUUGGCCCUGUGGGCAAGGCAGAAACAGAUACCCAGGCAUAAAACAAUUACCCUUACUAAAAUUGUCAUGUGAAAAAAAACACUUGAAUUUGAAUAAAUCUUACAUUUGAAAUGAUAUUUUUCUAUUUCUAAUGUACCAAGGUUAUUUUUUGGACCCCCUGAAAAGUACACAAAUCAUUUUUUCCCUUGACAUGAUGCUUGACAAGCCAUAAAGACAUGCCUUUGCAAAGCCAUUGUGUGGAGUGAGUGAUCAGGAAUUAGAGGAAGGAAAACCAAACUCAGAACCCUCUUGCAUUCAUAUAAUCCCAGUACUCGCAUACUACGGGUUUAGCUACCAAUCCAAACAGUGGCAGAUGUCUGGAGAUGUACUGUAGGGCAUAUUGAGUAACCGACAAGUAUGAAAUGGUGUAGAAAAAGGAGGAUUUAUGAUGGAAUGUAGAGAUCCACUUUCGGUGCUAAAAGUCUGCAACUCCAAUGAAGAGGCCAGCGGACAUUGCUUUUACCAAAUGUUUCUAGUUUCCCCCAGACUUAAGCUGUAUGUAUGAAUUUGCUGUAUGGUUUACUAACACUAGAUGUUAUUACUGUGUGACAGGUGCUGUACAUCACUAAUAAAUACAAAAAUUGA